AUGGCUCGCCAGGCGCAUUUCGACUCGAGGAUUAUGCGCAAGCUUCUCGGCAAGGCUGCGCCAGAUGCCUCCAGCGGUGAUCUGACCAACAGCCAGGGAAACAUCCCGACCGUCUUCCGGCCUUCAAAGUCACAGAAUGCCGUGCAUCCUGUGGGCAGCCCCAUUGCCUGCCUCGACAUAACGCCGGAUCACCGUGCCGUGGUUCUCGGCGGGCCUCACGUCCUCAAAACGAUAGUUUCGGAUUCCUCUGUCGACUCUAGCUUCAGCUUCAAGUUCACCGACGGGGUGGAUGUUAGGGCAGCAAUUACGGCGCAGAAGCCAUCCGGUUCGGGCGGAAGUCUUGUUGCAGACCAGCUCAACAUUCGCGAUGUCAAGUGGCAAGGCGCGUCGACGGUCUUCACAGCUUGUGCCGCCGGGAGGAUCUUCGCCUACGACGUUGCCAGGCUCGGUUCCGGAGGGGCAGCUGAUCCUCUCGACUACAUACAGAUCCAGGAGGACUCGCGACAGGUCAACAGCUUGGAUGUGAACCCUCAUCUUAAAAGCUGGGUGCUGUCCGGUAGUCAGGAUGGAAUUGUUCGCGUCUUUGACGUCUCUGCGCCCCUUCAGACUCGGGCCGGCUUCCUGACCUUUAGACAGCGAUACGGGCAGCUGAAGACCAAUGAUUCUGUGAGACAAGUCAAAUGGUCACCCAAAGUCGGCCACGAGAUGGCUUGUUGUACCGAUUCCGGAGUGAUUAUGAAAUGGGAUGUACGGCAGCCAUCACGGCCUUUACUACGGAUCAAUGCACACGAAAAAUCUUGCUCUGCCAUUGCCUGGCAUUCGGAUGGCAUCCAUCUGAUCAGUGCCGGCUGGGAUGCAAAGCUGCACGUCUGGGAUUUUGGAGGCUCGGCAGACAAGCGGCAGAAGCCCAAAUGGAGCAUCACUACACCAGCACCUGUGACCACGGUCGCUUGGCGACCCGGCCUUUGGUCUGCGACUGCUCAGACCCGACGUCUUGCACAAGUUGCCGUGACUUACGAUGAGACGAGUAAUCGACGAUAUGGCACUUCAGUCGUCCACAUCUGGGAUCUGGCAAGGCCCGCAAUGCCUUACAAAGAGAUUGAGCGAUUCGACAGCUCACCAUCAGCACUCUCAUGGCUAGAUCAAGACAUGCUCUGGACUGUGGGGCGGGACGGCAUGUUCAAUCAGUGCGAUGUUGCCUACGCUCCAAAGGUCAUCGACCGGAUGUCUACCUCCGCCAUGGCUUUUUCCUCCCGAGGAGACGUAGUCAUGUUCCUUGACGAGCGACCGCAACCUCCUCGGUCACACCCGUCUGUCGGUCAUGACUCCGAGGUGGUGCCCCGAACUCCAUUCAGCACAAGCCCCAAUACCCCAAUGCUUAGCGUCAGCCGGAGUGACUCGGAAGAGGAUGUGCUCGGCAGCUUUCUGGGACCACGAAGGCGAACGAUUCGGAAAAGGAGGUUUAGCACCAGAUCUGGCUUGCCAAUGAGCACCACUCCGCCGUCCUUGCCCAGCUUAUCGGAUGAUGGAAAGCAAGUUCUCGGCUUGGAGCAGUCGAUCAAUGUUACUGGCAUGUUCAAGACCCAGCAAGGCAUGGCGUCCGGUCAUGUUCCGUCUGCAAAGUCGGUCGGUGUGUACCAAUAUCUUUCCGGCAUUUACCUGGAAACACUUCAGCGAGAAUUACCUCUAGAUAAAGGCGACAGGUCACUCAUCGAGCGAGUGGCGGGCAUCAUGGAGCAGUAUGCUUUGGCGGCGGAGAAUGUCCGACUGUAUCGCCUCUCGCAGACAUGGCGCAUCCUAGCUUAUGCCAUAUCCCUAUUGAUGGAGAGGCGUGCGGACUACCACCUGAGGCUUCGGACAGCUCGCUUCCGUAAAAGGAGUCUUGACGAAGGAAAGGGUAGUCUUAAGAAGACGCCCAGCCACAUUCAUGUCAGCCGUCUCGCCAACGGCGAAGACACGCCGCGCAGACCAUCAGGGCAAGCCGCCAGUGUCGAUGGCCGCUUAUCAAUGGCGAGGUCUCUGUUGGCAGAGGAAAUUGAGAGCACGUCCAAUGUACCAACGCCUGUUGCGAGGCCUGUGGGCGAGGGCGAUACGGUUGAGUGGGACGAGCGACAUUACCUACAUGGGAAAAAAUUAACACCCAUCAUCGAGCCCGAGAGCCUCAACUUGGGGCCUUCUGCUCAUGGAUCCUAUCGUCCAAGUCCACGCCAACGUCACGAUUCAGCCCCGAUUUCAGAGAUGAGUCAUGACAGCGAAACAUCCAAGGUCUCCGUCACAGAGGGGUAUGACUUUUACGACAUGGAGGCGUUAGCACGAGCUAUCGAUGUGCCAAUGACCAAGAAACCUUUCGAUGAUGCCGAAAAGCUCCAGCGAGUAAAGGCCAUACGACACGAUUCAACUGAUAGCUUUGCUCAGGUGUUUUCCGCUUCUGAUAGUAGCGAUCCCACUUCGCCGAGGAGAGACUCGUCUAAUCCCCCUAGUUCUUUGAAGCCCGAGUCAUUAAAGAUAUCGGCGGUGGGCAAUAAAAUUGCUGCGGAGUUUGCUAGUUUGGCUCAUGUUGAUGGCGAGCAGCAUUCUCCAAAACAAACCAGAGGGCCGUCAAAUGGCUCCGCAACUCAUCCGCGUGCAGACUCCCCUGAAGAGGUCUUCAUGAUCUCUCAGACGACCGCUGCCACGGACGAGACUUUUCCGUCUCAAAUAUCAUUUGCUUCACAAACCGACUCGGAAGUCCAUCAGGGAUUUGCAGGUCAUCACCCAACCCCAUCCAACGACAUUCAAAAGGCGAAACCUCCCAGCCCUGCUCCGGUGGUGACGGCUCCCGAGUAUGACCCCAGCCCUCAUAUUGUUUUGACCGAUUAUUUCCCCUGGCUGGGUGAUGGGCCUUAUCCUUUCCCCACAGAACCAUCAGAAUCCAAAAGCUUCACACCGCGCAGCAUGCCUGCAUGCCCACUUGAUCCCUACUCUCUCAUAACGCGAGCUCUAGAGUUUGAGUCGCGGACUUCGGCACUCAACGCCUCUGCGAUAGUGCUCCUACUUAAGCCCCUGGUCCCCCAGUCCAUCAUUGACACCUUUCAAGCAACUGCUGUCUUGCGACAGCAUCACUCUCGUCUCAUGGGAAUGAGCCUCUUCGUCGAGGCCGCUCUCCUGCGCAAUCUAGCAAUCAGAGGCUGGCCUGCUGGGUUGCCUUACUGGGGCGAGAACUACACCUCCCUAUUCACGCCAGCGCAACAGGGCGUCAAAGCAGGCUUCAUGUGCUCAAACUGUCGCAAGCCCCGAGAAAUUGAUCGGAGCAACGGGGACUCUGCCUUUUGGACAUGCGAAAAGUGCCGCCAGGUGGUGACGCCCUGUGCGAUAUGUGGGCAUAGGGAUGCGGAAAUCGCUAGCUCGCUGCCCACCGAAGUCGUCGACAUCCCCAGCAUCGAGUCCUGGAUGACGGAGUGGUGGUACUGUCCCAGCUGUUGCCAUGGCGGCCACGCAUCGUGCAUGCAAACAUGGCACGCCGCCCUCCGCCCGUCCGAGGCAACCUCGUCGUCCACCGUAUACAGCGACGGGUGCUGUCCCGUCGACGGCUGCGGGCAUGCUUGUCUUCCCGGCAAAUACAGGGGCGAGACGGCGACUGCCCGAGCCAACGAGCUCAGCCACGCCGUGGUGGACGGCGGCCGUAUGCGAGACGGAAUCGCGGGAGCCAACACCAGCAGGAGGUCCAGCCCUGGGCGAACUGGUCCAAGUAGCAUGGGCGUGGAUCGCAGUAUCAGGAACGAUGCCAAUGACGUGCUGCAGAGCAAAGCUGUUGGAAUGGCGAGGGAAGCGCUCAACAAGGGCAGUGGAGGCAUCUUGAGCUCAAGCCCUGGGCGGACCAUGACUGGCGAGAGGGAGAGAAGGAAGAGCGUCAAAUUUGCGAGGACGGAGCGUUGA